AUGGAACUCGUAGACAGGUCGAGUGAAUACUGGAAUUCUCACAUGUGAUUUUAGAUCACACCUGUAUCCACGUAUCCACAUAUACUGGAGAUAGCCUCGUAUCCUACAAUACAACUCCCAUUCUUGACCCGAUUUUGACCCCAUCAUUAUUUACUGGUGACCUACGCAGAGUUCUAGUCAGGGACCCGGAUAUCGAGCGUAUUUUGGACGACAAUGACGACAAUAUGCAAGUAUCUGCUACCGAUUUCAGCUUGUUCAAGAGGAAGUUCUUUAUGUACUAUCCAGACAAUAUCGAUAGCAAUUUCGAUGUCGAGACUUUGAUAGACAAGGAUUACACCCCUCAGCCUGUUCCUGUCGAAACCACUGAAUCCGUACAAUUGUUAGUUUUUGAACCUGUCGAAUCUACUGCUACCGAAUUUCCUGUUCAACAGACCGAUCAGCCAUGCCCUAUGGAAUCUACACCUAUUUGUGCUGUUUCUGCUGAAUGGCCUGUUUCUGUUGAAGCGCCUGAAUCUGCACCUCCUGGAUCACCUCAAUUGUCAGCUUGCGAAUCCCCACCUGACGAGUCUCCUGUUCAACAGAUCGAUCAGCCAUGCCCCAUAGAGUGUACACCUAUUUGUGCUUCCGAAUCACCUCGAUUGCCAGCUUGCGAAUCCCUACCUGCCAAGUCUCCUGUACCUACCGAGUCCCCUCGAUCACUUGAAUCAACUGUUGCUACUGCUCUGUUUUGUACGCUAUUCUCAAAUCGGCAUGUGCCUAUUGGAAUGGAAUUGCUUGCUCUUGUUUCUAAGGGGGGAGGGGGAUAA